CUUGGACUCGGCGCAUGCGCCGAAGAAGUAUCUCUUUGUCCGCAGACUUCCAAGGGGCGGGGCGAGCGCGAAGCUCCCGGGACUGCCGGGGAUGGGCCGAGCUCCCGCGCGCAGCCUGCCAACGGCGGGCCGCCCAACGUCCUCUGAGGCCACGCCCCUGCCCCUGUCCGCUUCAGAGAAGGCGGGAAAAGAGAGGGGCGGGGCUUCGGCGCAGCCAAUCAGCAGUGGAGGAGCGAAAAGGCGGGAAAAAGAGGAGCCCAAAGAAGUCUGAGGUGGCGCUAGGGACCAGGAGGGCAGGGUGAGCGGAAGGAAGAGCAGGCCUCCAGGUGACGCAGACCGGGCCUCCAGAGUAGAGCAGCCAAGCCCCAGGGUGGGCCUGGAACCUCCAGACGGCGGAGCCCAGCAGGCAGCACCCAGCAUCCCUGCUCUGGGCCCCCAGGGCCCAGGCAGCAGAGCAGGCACCAUGCACAUCCCGGAAAGCCUCCAGGACCUGGCCGACAGCGAAGCUGUGCAGUUUCUCAAGAGGCCAAAGACGAUCACACGGCUCUUUGCAGGGGUCUUCUCCCUCAUCGUCUUCUCGUCCCUGCUGACUGACGGCUACCAAAACAAGACCAACUCUUCGCAGCUGCACUGCGUUCUCAACAGCAACCGCUCGGCCUGCAGCUUCGCGGUGGGAGCCGGCCUCCUGGCCUUCCUCAGCUGCCUGGCCUUCCUGGCCCUGGAUGCCCACGAGAGCCUCCUGGCCAGCAGCCGCUUCAAGACGGCCUUCCAGCUCUUGGACUUCAUCCUGGCUAUCCUCUGGGCAGGCAUCUGGUUCGUGGGAUUCUGUUUCCUGGCCAACCAGUGGCAGCAUUCGCCGUCCAGACACUUCCUCCUGGGGAGCAGCAGCGCCAAGGCCGCCAUCACCUUCUCUUUCUUCUCUGUCCCCCUCUGGAUAUUCCAGGCCUACCUGGCCCUCCAGGACCUCCGAAGUGAUGCUCCAGUCCCCUACAAGCGCUCCCUGGACGAGGGCGGCGUGGUGCUGACCUCCCUCUCCCCACCGGCCGCUGCCAGCCCCGGCAACGCGGCCCCCGCCGGCCCCCACGGCCUGAGCUACGGCAGCGCCGCCCUGAGCCCGUACGUGAGCACGCCCAAGGCCCCCCGCCUGGCCAUGAUGCCCGACAGCUAGCCACCUCCUCCUGGUCAGUAAAGAGAAUCCUCCCUCCAGAGGGGUUUCUGAGAACAGCCCUCUGUCCUUCUCCUGUCUCUUCCUUGCUGGGCCUUGAGUGGCCAGGGCUGGGGGCCCUCCUACAGGGUCUCCUCAGGAGUCUCUGCUCAGGGUCACAUUUCCCUGCCACCUCCCUGACUCCCUGUCCGGUGCCCCCUGGAGAGCAGCAGAGUAGCGGGGUGACCAGAGGGCCCUCUGUUCCUCGUCCUGGCCAUGGGAGGGGGCUCGAGGCACCCCGCUGCGCGGCUGAAGAAGCUCAAGUUCAGAGAGAAGAUGCUUCUGCCCGUGGGGAGGGCGCUAAGGAGAAUCAGGGCCAACCCUGGCACUGCCCUGUCACUGAGCCAGGGGCCACGCCCUUGAACUCACCCCAGC